AUCUUGCAGCUCGACUCUUGACUUGAGUUCCACGAAAACGAGUGUCGAUGGCUCAGAUGGUUUUUCAUCUCCGCCGUGCAUGAAGUAGCAGUUUUUUAUAUUUCAGCUAGUGAUGUCCUAGAAUUGCUGCUCAAAGUGGAGAUAUUUAUGGGAAUUCAGCUCUGGUGGCCUCGCCGGGAGUAAUCUAUUGUAGCCAAGAUGACAGACUACGCAGAAGAGCAAGCCAAUGAGAUAGAGGCACUGCAGUCAAUUUAUCCCAAUGAAUUUGAAGAACUUGGGCAGUCUCCAUGGCGCUUCUUGGUUGAUGUUCAGCCGGAAGCAUCUGAUGACAUUGACGAGGAUGAACGAUGUUCCGUGCGGUUAAAAUUCAAGCUAGGAGAUACCUAUCCAGACGAAGUGGCACAGUACAGUAUAGCGUCAUCAGAGAAUCUCGAAGACUCCGAGUGCGAAGAGAUGAUGCAGCUUCUGGGAGAGGAGGCUGAAGCGAGUGUCGGUAUGGUCAUGAUCUUCACGUUAGUCUCAGCUGCUCAGGAGUUCCUCAACAGGCAGCAGGAUGCUGUCAAGAAGCGCCGAGAUGACGAAGAGAAAGCACGUGAAGAAGCCGAAAGAAAAAAGGCAGAGCAACCCCAGUUCUUUGGCACUCCUGUGACGUGCGAAGCCUUCUACAAGUGGAAAGCAAAGUUUGAAGCAGAGACGCAAGGAUCUCAAACGUCCAAAGCAGAUCCUGCCAAGAAAAGGCCUACAGGAAAAGAGCUGUUUGAACGUGAUGCAUCACUUUCUCAGUCUGAUAUGCAACUUCUGGAAUAUGAUGAAGACCUCGCUGAAACACAAGAAUCUAGUGAUGUGGCUGCCAGUGCUGAUGUCGAUGUCGACGAAUCACUAUUUGAGGACCUGGAAGAUUUGGGCUUUGAUGCAGACCUUGAUAUUACGUAAAUCCUCAUUCUUGGCAAGCAUAUCCGAUUGGAGGAACUGUAGCGGCUUGUCUACGUGCCCUCAUGGCUUUGUUGACUUGACUUCUGUCUUGAGAGUUGCUGAUCAAGGAUCUAGUGUACGGGAUUCCCAACACAAAGCUCUGCUGGCAUAAAAUUGGUCCUGGUCAUUGGUUUAGCCUGUGUCGCUUGUAUUGCUGAUGCCAUGCCAACUCUCCGCUGCUGCUAGCUUCGCACAGCGACAUGGCUCUUCAAUUCUUGCUUGUCUGCUGGCACAUGGAAGUGGCACGAUGGCCGACAAUGCUUUGUGUAACUAAGUUACAGAUGGACUUCUGGUCUCUGUACAUAUCAUUUUAUUAAGUUUACCUACAUGUGAAAUUUCCAUCUAUUCUCUGCUUCUUUUUUUAGUCCAAUGAUAAAAAUUGAAAACGAG